AUCUGUCUUUGAUCGUCUUUAUACUGAAGGAUUGAUCUAAUUUUAUCGCUCAAAAACUUACAUAUUGAUUUAAUUAGGCUCGUUUGUAAGGAAAGAGAUGGAAGCGAUAUCCAUUGCAUCUGAUCCUCAUCUUUAUUUUCAAGUGGGAAAGAUCAAAAUCAAUGAGGGAAUGAAGUGUUUGCGAGAUUUAGUAGAAUGGUACAAGGUCAACUUGACCUCAGAAAGUGCUGGAGGGGUUCAUGAAAUCAUGGCCUAUCUUCAAUUUCUUCAACGACAAGUAGUACAGGUAACCUUGCAUACUAAUGUUAUAUGGUUCGUCAUUAUUAAUAACUGGAUCUUCUUAUCAUCACAAUGCGUUUCCUAUUACAGAAACCAGCUUGUGAAUUUUGGAAAGAAAUAUUGGGUCUUGUGGUUUUGGUUUUCUAAUUCAAGUACACUUCUUUCGAAUAUUAGCAUUUGGGUCCUUAGAUUGAGCUAAAAUUGUUGAAAUCUGAAGAACAAAAUGCCAGUAUUUUACACAAGUGUUCUUACCUGUUAUAGAUCAAAAUUCAAAACAAUAUUCCCCUUGUCAUAUCUAUUAAUCACGGGUUUUGAGUACAAGUGUACAACUCU